CAAUGGUAACUUUGCGGGAGGCAGGGCGGGUUCCUGGCGGUCAGUGCUGCCCAUGCGGAGGCGUUCAGAGCCAUGUAAAUGGGUCUCCAGGGCUUGGAGGGACUGCACAUCCUGGGCCUGUGGCGUGGUGUGGGCCUGGGAGGAUGGGCAGCCUGCUGCUGGCUGUGCUGCUGGCUUUGGCCUCCGUGCCCAGGGCUCAGGCUGUGUGGCUGGGGAGACUGGACCCUAAGCAGCUUCUUGGGCCCUGGUACGUGCUUGCGGUGGCCUCCCGGGAAAAGAGUUUUGCAGUGGAGAAGGACAUGAAGAACGUUGCGGGGGUGGUAGUGACCCUCACUCCAGAAAACAACCUGCGAAUGCUGUCCUCUGAGCAGGGGCUGGAGGGGUGCAGCCAGAGUGUCACGGAGCUGUUGAAGCGGAACUCCGGAUGGGUGUUUGAGAACCCCUCGGUAGGCGUGCUGGAGUUCCGGGUGCUGGGCACCAACUUCAGGGACUACGCCAUCGUCUUCACGCAGCUGGAGUUUGGGGACGAGCCCUUCAACACCGUUGCUUUCCCCUGCACUGCCCUGGCACCCCCAGGUCGGACGGAGACGGCUAGCCAGGAGGCCAUGGGGCUCUUCACCAAGUGGAGCAGGGGCCUGGGCUUCCCGUCACAGCAGCAGGCCCAGCUGCAGAAGGACCUCACCUGUGCUCGCAGGAUCCUCCCGUGAGCGCUGCGUUCCCAGCAGGGACAGUGCCCGCAGGGUCCUGUGACCCUGGCCAGGGUCCACCCACCUCCCUCAGCAGCCCCCAGGGCCCAGCUCCAGUUCAGAAUAAAGCGAUUCCACAGCAAA